UUCAACAAAAGAAAAAAAGAAAAAAAUGGGGCAUCCGAAUCAUGAAGACAGACUGUUUCUCUUCUUCACUGCUUCUUCUUCUUCUUCUUCUUCUUCUUCACCCCAAAUCACGGGCCGUACAAUCUCUCACUCUCUCCUCUAGGGUUUUGCUGCGCUUCUCUUACUUUCCUGCUCUUUCUUCUCCGACAAUUUCUGCGGAAAUUACGUUAUCUGACCCAUUGGAGACGUACUGCUCAGUAUAUGUAUAUUUGCUGUACCACUAUGUACUGGGUGAAACAUUUCAUGUAUGAUUGUUGAAUUAAAAUGAACAUUGGGAAGUGUGGUUUAAAACUUAGCAUAUUUAGUGUAUGAUAUAAUGGAAGCUACUAGAUGUUGGUUUAAGAAGUUCAAAUCCAAAGACAAUCCAAAGCCCCCUACAAAUAAGGAGAGUACAGGCAAUGCAAGAGAUGCGUCGAGACCACCAACCAGUGAAGAGGUACCCUCCAAUGUCACCAAGCAGAAGGUUGCAGCUGCCAAACAGUAUAUAGAAAACCACUACAAGAAGCAAAUGAAGAGCUUGGAAGAAAGGAGGGAGAGACGCCAUGUACUAGAAAAGAAGUUGGCUGAUGCUGAGGUCUCUCAAGAAGAGCAAAGCAACCUGCUUAAGCAUCUAGAGAAGAAGGAAACAGAGUAUAUGCGUCUUCAGAGGCAUAAAAUGGGUGCUGAUGAUUUUGAGCCACUAACAAUGAUAGGGAGGGGUGCUUUUGGAGAGGUUAGAGUUUGUCGGGAGAAAGCAACUGGCCAUGUAUAUGCCAUGAAGAAGCUUAAGAAAUCAGAGAUGCUUCGAAGAGGCCAGGUUGAGCAUGUGAAAGCUGAAAGGAAUCUAUUGGCGGAGGUUGACAGUAAUUGUAUUGUAAAGUUGUACUGCUCUUUCCAAGAUGAAGAGUAUUUAUAUCUUAUUAUGGAAUACUUACCUGGUGGGGAUAUGAUGACUUUGUUGAUGAGGAAAGAUACUCUUACAGAAGAUGAGGCUCGAUUUUAUGUUGGUGAAACAGUUUUAGCUAUCGAGUCAAUCCAUAAACAUAAUUAUAUCCACAGAGAUAUCAAGCCUGAUAACUUGCUUCUUGACAAGGAUGGCCAUAUGAAAUUAUCAGAUUUUGGAUUAUGUAAACCAUUAGAUUGUAGUAACCUCCAAGAAAAGGAUUUUUCCCAGGGAAGUAACCUUAGUGGUGCUCUUCAAAGUGAUGGGCGUCCUGUGGCAUCAAAACGCACACAGCAGGAACAACUACAGCAUUGGCAAAGGAACAGGCGGAUGCUUGCUUAUUCUACAGUUGGAACGCCUGAUUAUAUUGCUCCGGAAGUUCUGCUGAAGAAAGGAUAUGGAAUGGAAUGCGAUUGGUGGUCACUUGGUGCCAUCAUGUAUGAAAUGCUUGUGGGAUUUCCACCGUUUUACUCAGAUGAGCCUAUGUCAACUUGUAGGAAGAUAGUUAAUUGGAAAACUCAUUUGAAAUUUCCAGAAGAAGCGAAACUCUCUCCAGAAGCGAAGGAUCUAAUUAGUAAACUCUUAUGCAAUGUUGAACAAAGGCUUGGGACCAAGGGUGCAGAUGAAAUAAAGGCACACCCAUGGUUCAAGGGCAUUGAGUGGGACAAGUUGUAUCAAAUGAAAGCUGCAUUUAUUCCUGAGGUCAAUGAUGAACUGGAUACUCAAAAUUUUGAGAAGUUUGAAGAGACUGAAAACUCAAUUCAGACGUCAUCGAAAUCAGGUCCAUGGAGAAAGAUGCUGUCAUCGAAAGAUAUUAACUUUGUGGGUUAUACGUACAAGAACUUUGAAAUCAUCGAUGAUAAUCAAUUGCCUGGAAUCGCUGAAUUGAAGAAGAAGAGCACAAAAUCUAAAAGACCUUCCAUCAAAUCUCUUUUCGAAAACGAAUCUGCAAUGGCGACCAAUCAACAACCUGUUCAAGGCAGCUUUUUGAAACUCUUGCCUCCCCAACUAGAAGUUCCUGAGAAACCGAUGAGCGCCAAUGGGAAGCAUUCAUGAUUUCGGCCCAUCGUCGGGGUUACUUCCCAAAGACCGAUCACGUGCUCUUGGGUGAGAAAACUACCCUUUUGUUUAACUGCUGCUUUGCAUAUUUGGGUAAAUUUUGGACAGGAGGUUUUAGAGAGGGAGGGGAGGGCAAAGGCCUAAUAAUCUGUUGGGAGUGAGAAAAGACAAUCAAACAUUGGCUCAUGGAUCGUCUGGUUUCCAUUAGUCUCUGUAAAAUAUUUCCUUUCCUUUCCAUUGGAGGUAUAGGAGGUUGUUCUUUCCAAAACUCAAACUCGUGACUUGUUAAUUCCUUUUCUUUUAUUUAUUUCCAUCCAACCCCUCUUUCGUGCAAGAUGCAAAGCUUCCUUUGUUCAAUUCUAGAAUUACUGGUCUUGUAAUUAACUUACUGUUGUUGUUGUUGUUGAUAGUUGUAUCAUUUUACACAUGGAAAUUUUAGAUUCAUAUUAACAUGU